AUGGAGUAAUUUAUUGAACAAUUUACCAGAGAGUAAAUAUUGCCUUCAUUAGCUGAUUUUAUUCGCAUUCCAAAUUUAAGUCCUCAAUUCGACCCUUAAUGGUUAGAAAAUGGCCUUCUUGAUAAAGCUUGUAAUCACAUUGUAACUUGGAUUGAAUCGUAAAGCAUCCCGAAUUGUAAAGUAGAAGUAUUGUCAAUAAAAGGGGCGCCUAAAGCGAUACAUGUUAGAAUUUGUGCUUAAAAUCCUAUAACUGUGUUUUAUUACGGUCACUAUGACAAGCAACCUCAUUUCCCAGGAUGGAGGGAGGGUUUUGGCCCUACAACACCUGUAAUAGAAGGGCAUAGAAUGUAUGGAAGGGGAGUUGCAGAUGAUGGUUAUGCUCCCUAUGCAGCUAUUGCAGCAUUAUAAACUUUGAUAUCAUAAAAACUGGAACAUCCAACCAUAGAGAUGUUGUUUGAAGGUGAGGAAGAAAGUGGAAGCAAUUUUCUUAUGCAAUAUUUUGAUAAACUAGAAUUAAAAAGAGUUGAUAUAAUGGUAGCAUUAGAUUCAGGUAGUGGAGAUUAUGAGAGAUUAUGGUUGACGAGUUCCCUUAGAGGUUCAAUGAAAAUUGAUUUAUGUGUGAAAGUAUUAGAAGCUCCUAUUAGUUCAGAUGAAAGUGGAAUAGUUCCAUAAGCUUUGAACAUUAUGAGAACUUUAUUAAACAGAUUGGAGGAUCCAGUCACUGGUUAAGUUCAUAAAUCGCUACAAACAAUCAUUCCAGCUGAUCGCUAUGAAGAAUGUUUACUAUCGGCUGAUCUAGUGUAAAUUGAGUUUUCUAGAUAGUGUGAUAAAAUGGAAUCCUGCAAAAUAUAAUAAUAUAUUAAUCGAAAUUGGAAACCCUCUGUGUCUUAUAUAGGGUAGGAUGGACUUCCUUCAGUUCGAUAAAUCAAUGAUUAAAUAAUUCCAGAGCUUAUUAUAAGAUUGUCAAUUAGAUUACCACCUAAUAAAUGUGCCAAAGAAGCUGCCAUUUUUGUGAAGUAGUUACUUGAAAAGGAUCCACCAUUUAAUGCAGAUGUUAAAGCCAAUAUCAUCUCUGCAGGAACAGGGCUAAAUAUUAAUUCUUUUAGCCCAAAAUUAAAAGAUAUCCUAAAUACAGCCUCAAAACUCUUUUUUAAUGAUAAAGAAUCUAGGGUUUUUCAUGAAGGGGCAUCCAUUCCAUUUUUAAAUUAAUUAAACGAAAGAUCUCCUUAGGCCGAAUUCCUUGUUUUAGGAGUGCUUGGGCCUGAUUCAAAUGCUCAUGGGGCAAAUGAAAUGUUAGAUUUGAACUAUAUGAAAGGAUUAAUAGGCUGUUUGGCCUAUACAAUGAAUUAAUUUAUUAAAUAAUGA